GCCAAAAUUAAUUGCGCAUACAAUAACAACACUUUCACUCUCACUCGGCCCCUUCCAUUAAAUCCAAUCCAGCUGCCAACUGUCAAUUGAGUGGAAGAUGCUGUCGCCGACGCUGUCACUGUCGUUCCUGCUGCUACUGCUGGAAUCGUUCCAUGUUCACUGCUACUACCAUGAGUACCGUUACUGGGAAAUAAAUGAACCGCCUCCGAUUUGCUCCGAGUACGAGAUGCUGAUUGUAAAUACGCGUCAGUGUGUGCGUCGCUGCAACAUUGUGUGUUUGCGAGGCGUUUGCUUUGAGGAUGGUCCCUGUCCAUGUGAUAACCAGUACCAAAGCACUCCCACAGAUGGAGUUGCCUGCGCCGCCGAGUGUCUGCCGGGCUGCCAACAGGCAGGCGGAUAUUGUGCGGGACCAGAACUGUGCGUCUGCCGCAAGGGUAAACACUACUACUACGACGCUGUGGCGCGACGUUGCCGUCGGCGUUUACCGCGGCUGCUGGAUUUGUGCGGCGGGCGCUGCAUUCACGGCAGCUGCUACGAAGGUCGCUGCAUUUGUGCCCAGGGCUACGAAAUGCGAUCCACACUGCUCCAUGGCGCUCAGUGUUUCCCCAUCUGCGAUCAUGAUUGCGGUCCCAGAGCCUACUGCUUUGCUCCCAACAUGUGCGCCUGUCGGCAUAAACACUUUCACUACGCUCGGGACGGGAUCUGCACCAAGGACUAUUGAGUCGGACUUUCCUUGGACAACCACAUAAAAAGCUUUAUGCUUUUAAUAGGAGGAAUAAAUGAUAAAUCUAGGAGAAGGAGGAAUCAGGGAUUUGACAGAUGGGUUGCAGGUUAGGAAAAUUAGAGAGGAAGUCAGUCUGGUUCGCCUGGUGGCUGCUGCAAGGCGGAAUUUUCUUGAACGCGAAAUUGAAAUGUACAUUGAAAAUCAUAAAUUAAGUGACUAACAACAACACGCACAAUACACAAUCAGCCGCAGCAGCCAAAGACACCGCAGCACAUUACACAAACACGUCCCACAGUCCGAAGCAACCAAUUAUCAGGCGAGUGCGCAGCCGUCACCUGCGUCUUCCUCCUUGCUCACCUGCUCCAUCCGCUGCUGCUUUGGCCAGACACCCACCGAAGAGCGUUGAUUGAUGUCCCCUGCUGCAGAUAGAUUAUAAAUUGUAUCAAUAUUGUUAAUGUAUAUG